CAAAACAAAGAGUGUAUAUAUAUAGGGAGAGAGAGACAUGAGGAAAUCAAAGCAAGUUUUAUAGUUAAGUUAGACGGUAAAAGCGGCUAACAGGUACGCUUGGUUUUCUUUUAUUGCGCGGCUUACUGGAACGCGAUGGAUUCUACUAUGGUGAUAAAGGUUAAAUAUAGUGAUACACUCAGGCGUUUUAAUGCUCAUGUAAAGGAGAAUGAGCAACUCGAACUUGACAUGACUGCGCUGAGGGAAAAGAUCCUCGGUCUUUUUAAUUUUCCUCCAGAUGCUGAUCUCACUCUGACCUAUAUUGAUGAAGAUGGGGAUGUGGUUACUCUUGCUGAUGAUGAUGAUCUGCGUGAUGUGAUGAGGCAGAACCUGAAGUUUUUGAGGAUUGAUGUGCAGCUUAAUAAUGAUAAGUCUGGUAAAUCUAAUGCUAGAUCUAGUGGCAGUUCCACCCCUACGAGGUCCCACAGGGUCCAGAGUCCAUUACCAUGCCUCAACAAUGGUGUUGCUGAAGUUCUGAAGUCUGUGCCAGAGCCCUUACGUGAAGUACUCUCAAAGAUAUCUCUCGACCUCACUUCAAAAGCUGUGGCUUCUAAUGCAUUGCUCACUGAGCUUGUUGACUGCUUUUCAAAAAUGGGGCAAUCCCACCUGAAUCCAACCUUGCAGUCUCAUGAUGGUAUAGGCGCCCAAACUGGAGCUACAGCUCCUACAGUUCUAAAUGCUUCCAAGGAUGAUGGCUUGAAAGAAGACUUGCUGAAUUUAAACUCGCCUCUCAAAACUAGCCAGGAGGAGAGCUUUGAAAAUGGUACUAAGACUGCGAUGCCACCACAAACAGCUGUCCCUUCUCCUGUUAAUCUGAAUCCUAACCCUCAAAUUUCCAAUUCAUUUGUGCAUUAUGGACCCCUUGCAUCCUUCAUCCCUGCUUGUGAUGAUUGGAAGGAAGCCAAGAAACAGAAUACUGGUCUUCCAACUGGGAAGCCUGGCUGGUUUGGUUUCCCCAGCAUUCCUGUGAAUCAUGACUUUCCUUUACACACUGAUUGUCCAUUUAGUGGAAUGCCAGUGGCAAAUGACUCAGCUUCACGCACUCUCAAAAGUCAUGUAAUUAAGAGAAACAAUUCUCUUAAUAAUCCCAUGGUUGGCAUGUUUCAUAGGGGUGUUCAAUGUGAUGGUUGUGGUGGUCAUCCAAUUACCGGGCCUCGUUACAAGUCCAAAGUCAGUAAAGAGGAUUAUGACCUCUGCAGCAUCUGCUUCGCUGAAAUGGGUAAUGAAGCUGAUUACAUCAAGAUGGAUAGGCCGAUGCCUUAUCGUAAUCGUUGGUCUUUCAAGGGGUUUAAAGAUCCUACACAGAAAUCUUGGGCCAUCCCACAGCCUCUCUCUAAAGGUUCAUAUGGAGUAAAAGGAGCUCAACCUAAGCUAGACAGCCGUUUUGUUUUGGAUGUCAAUGUGUCAGAUGGUACCAUGAUGCCUCCAUCUACUCCUUUUACCAAGAUUUGGCGAAUGCGCAACAAUGGUAGUGCCGCAUGGCCUCAUGGAGUGCGGCUUGUGUGGAUUGGGGGAGACAGGUUCUUCAAUACUGAUUCUGUUGAGAUAGAGAUUCCAGUCAAUGGUGUGCCUAUUGAUGGUGAACUUGAUAUUGCAGCUGAUUUUGUAUCUCCUGUGUUGCCUGGUAGAUAUGUAUCAUAUUGGAGGAUGGCAUACCCUUCAGGUGGAAAAUUCGGGCAGCGUGUUUGGGUUCUUAUUGAGGUCGAUGCUUCCCUGAAAGAUCCAUUCUUCAAAUAUCUGAACUUGAACGAGUCCCCCAAUUACAGUGGUUCUAAAUUCCCUGGUGUUUUAGAUGUGAAUGUCCAGCCUGCUGUGGAUGGCUGUUUUCUGGAGAAUAAUACCUUGCUUUCAGAACCAGUUGUCCCCUUGGUUGACGAACAGCCUAAGAGCCAAGAACUAAAAUUCCCUGUAGAUGAUGCCUUACUGAUUGACCAUGGUGUUUCAGCCUCUGAUCCUUCCCAGGCCAUGCCUUCACCUGUUUCUGUUCUUUAUCCAAUGAUAGACAUUUCUGAAACAGUUCCUGCUAGUACCGAACUCCUUCCUGCUGUGGAUGCUACUUCCUCUGAAGAGGUCAUCGUUGAAAAUGCUGUUGAGAAGACCCUCCUAAUGGAACUCAAGGAAAUGGGCUUCAAGCAGGUUGAUUUGAAUAAGGAGGUCUUGAGGCGGAAUGAGUAUGAUCUGGAGCAGUCAGUGGAUGAUCUUUGUGGUGUUUCUGACUGGGACCCCAUUCUCGAGGAGUUGCAAGAGAUGGGUUUCCGUGACAAGGAAAUGAACAAGCUGCUGCUGAAGAAAAACAAUGGGAGUAUCAAGGGUGUGGUCAUGGAUAUUCUCACCGGAGAGAAGGCAUAGUUCUAGACUUUUAAUCCUCCUUUAUGUUGUUAUAAAUAAAUCUAGGGUUGCUAAGGUUUAAUAAGUUGAUCUACGGAUUCUCUAAGAACUGCUCAGGUUUUGAGCAUUUAUCGUGUUUGGUGCUCCAGCCAAAUGCUGGCUGGAUAUGGUUAUAUAUAUAUAUAUAUACACAUAUCAGGUGCACGGUGAAUGAAUAAUUUAUCAAUAUGGUUCCUUCUGAUUCUCGUUA